CUGUCAGGGCUCCCAAACAAUUCCUUCGUUGUUUGAUCGAAAUUAGUUGAAUGUGCUACGAGAGCUUAGGACGCGGCAUCUUUCUUCCAUUUACAAAUUGCACCACAAGCACACAUCAAUUAAAUACAAAUCUAUAUAUAUUUUCUAUACGCGAUGGAGGACCAAAAGAGACCUUCGCUGGUUAACUCGGUGGUAAUCCGACCCCGUCUCAUCUAUGGCUUGCGCACGGACGUUGUUGGUAACAUACAAUUCAAUCUGAGCAAGGAGGUCAUGUAUCCCGUGGAGGGUGUGUUGGCCUUCCACGACUUUGUGACCAACAAGCAGCGCUUCCUGCGCUUCCCGGAGGACACCAGACCUGAGAUUAUAGCGCUUAGUUCGCAUCGCAAGCUUAUGGCUGUCCUGGAGCGGCACUCCAAAAAUGGCCGGUAUAUAUCUAUUUAUGAGCUGUCCACGUUGAAGAAGCGUCGUCAUCUGGAGCUGCCUGGCAAUCAUCGCAAUGCGGAGAUCCAACAAAUUAUCUUCACUAACGAUUCACGUGCUGUCGCCUUGGUUACCAAGCCUCCUAAUGAGAUGAUCUUUAUGCUGGUGCUGGACAAGACGAGCACUGUGAUUGAGGGUCGUGCCACAGUGCCGGGUUCCCAUGGCGGUGCCGAGUGCAUCGCUGGCAAUCCCAGCGAUUGUAGUUUCCUUGCUGUAGCUGGGGAUCGCACUUUGCUGCUGAUGAGCAAGUCAGAACGAGGAUUCACCAUUAGCAACAAUUUAAAGGUCACCUAUCGUGUCACAUCGAUGGCUUUUCUGUCUAUGGAUCUGCUCAUGGUGGGCACCGAUCACGAUCAAUUGAUCCUGGUGGAGAAUGGUGAGCAGAAGCUUAGCCAGAAGGCCUCCGUGGCCGAAACAGUUGACCUGCUGAUGGACCAGGAGAUGUUCGACAAGGAACGCGAGGCACUUGAUCAGCGUUUCGUCCACACCCAACAGUUAUCCCUGCCCGAUUUGCGGGUACUCUGCAUGACGGCGUUUGCUCGCGGCUUUGCCUACAUAAUCUUCAACAAGGUGUUUGUCUUCGAGCGUGUUUCGAAGUUCAAAUUCGAGCGCAAAACGGUGCUUACUGUGCCCAUCACGUUGUAUGCAGAGCCGCUCUAUCAGAUCACCAAUCUGGCCAUCGACCACAAGCAGGAGACGGUUAUUGUCACCUGUUCCCAUGCUCAGAUCUAUGUUGGAAUUCUCAUUGUGCCGGAGACCCUGAAGACGAAACAGUUGAAAUUUGAACCACUUGGUGUCAUGAUUCACAUAGGCGAAGUUGUGGAUUUAUCUGUGUGCGCCUGGAAACCCAUCAUCAUGACGGCCUCGCGAGAUCAGACGAUACGCAUUUGGAACUAUGAAACAGCCAAAGUGGAGCUGGUCCGUAAGUUCCAAGUGGAUGUGAACAUUGUAGAGCUGAAUUCAACAGGUUUAAUGGCAGCUAUUGGUUUCUCCGAUCAGCUGCGCAUCACACAGAUCUUCAUGGAUGAGUUAAAUAUUGUUAAGACCUACAACUUCCCGCACUGCAACGAUGUGCGCUACUCGAAUCUGGGGCAUCUCAUGGCCGCUGCCUAUGACAACAAUAUUGCAGUUACCUCGGUGUACAAUCUAGAGGUUAUCAUCCAUCUAAAGGGACACAAUGGCACCGUGCUCUCCGUGGCCUGGACAAAGACGGACAAGUAUCUAAUCUCGGGUGGCGCCGAGGGUGCAAUCUAUCAGUGGGACAUUGAGACGGGUGCACGUCUCCAGGAAAUUGUCCAAAAGGGUACCGAAUACGUGACGAUAUGCUGUAGCUUCAAUGAACCGCUGACCAUCUUUGCUGGCACCAAUCACGGCACCAUACGCGAAUUCCAGCACUCGACACUACAGCGCGAGAUUGCGCUGCCAUCGCGCAAUAAGGGUUCCGUCUCGGAUCUGUGCCUAGCACGCUCUGAUCUCAUUAUGUUUAUAGCGGAUCAUGAGGGCGGCUUGUUCAACAUGCAGUUGCCCUUUUUGGAAGCUGGCGGAGGAACGUUCACCAAUUUCCGCUUCUUCGAUGGACCAGUGAAUAAACUGCGCUUCACCUAUGAUGGCUCCAUGCUGGUGGCGAUCUCCAAACGCGGUACUGUGGCAGUGUGGUCCAUGGAGAAUAUUGAGGAGAAGUUGGCGCCUAUGGAUCAGGAUCUGAUGAAGAGCCAAGAGGUGUUGAUACCACGCACACAACUCAGCGAUAAGAUCGAACAGAUUACGAAUCUGGAGCUGCGACUCAAGCAGCAGGCGGAGGAGUUCCAGUAUCAGCUGAGUCAGAACGAGAUCUUCGAUGGCCAACAGUUACAGGAGGUGCAUCGCAGCUAUUGCAGUGCUCUCGAGGAGCUCAAGGAGCUGAACAACGAGAUUGUGUCGCGGCAUACAGAGGAAAUGAAUCUGAUCACAUUCCAGAUUACCGACAUCAAGCAGGAGCACCGUGGACAGAUGGAUGUACUAGCCAAUCAAUAUUCGGAGCGCAUGCUCAUCGAGUACCAGAAGUUCACGAAUCUGCGCGAGAACAUGUUGGAGCUGCGCGAAAGCUACGAGGAGAAGCUGAAGAACUCGACGGGCACACUGCAGGACACCAUUGAGGCGCUGGAGAACGAUUACAAGAAGCAGCUAGAUGAACGUAAGGAUCUCAUACGUGAACUGAUGAAGGAGAUGCAGGACAAGAAGGAUGAAUUCAUCAAGUACUGCCAAGAGGUGGAAAUGGAGAACGAUCGUAACAUGAUUGCCACGCAAACCGAAUACGAAAAUAAACUGACCACCGAACGAAACGAGACGCAGAUGUGGCGCGGCAAGGCGGGUGUGCUGCAAAAGAAAUACGAAUCGCAGAGUCGUGAGAUUGAGAAUCUCCUGGAGGAGGUCGAAACUCUAAAGGAGGAGCACAUCAAGUCGCAGCAGAAGAUGGCCAAGCAGCUGCGCAACGUCGAGGAUCUGCAGAAGGACAUCUCCGAUCGUGAUUAUGCUAUUGGAGCGAAAGAGAAGCGUAUCCAAGAGCUGCUCCACAAGAACCAAGAGCUGGACAAGUACAAGCAGGUGCUCAAUCACAAGAUUGCCGAGCUCAAGGCCCAGAUAGAGCCACGCGAGUUCCAGAUUAACGAUAAACGCAAGCACAUCAUCGAAAUGGAGCAUGAACUGGAGGGUCUCAAUCAGAACAACAUUCAGCUGGAGCUACAGCUCAAGGAAAUGCGUGACAAGUACCUGAGCAAUGUGAGCGAGUUGCGCACCGAGCGACAUCGGGCCAAGGCGGCCAGGGAAUGUCUCACAGCCAUCUGCACGGAUAUUUAUUAUGUGGCUGGGGAGGUCAACACCUCGGAGGGUCUGAAGAAGGCCGUGAAGCAGCUGUUCCAUAAGCAUGCCAGCGAUGAUGAGCUGAAGCGUUUCGUCACCCUCGAUGCCGAAGUGCGCGAUGAGUUUCUGCGACAGCGCAAACAGAUUGAGAAUGUUUUGGCCAGAUACAAACUGGUGGCAGAGGACAAAAGUGUACAGAAGAAGUACGACAAGCUCUUCCGCGAGAACGUUGUGCUGCUUGAUGAGGUGGAGAAGAUGCGCGAGGAGAACAAGGGGCUGCGUGCUCGAGUAAAGGAGGACUUGCGGAAGACAUCGAAGGGAAAUAAGUUCUAGUUGUAGUUUUGUGAGAGAUUUCAAAAGCUCUGUUUAGCAAAUGCUCUUAUAAAAAAUAUCGGACUUAUAUACACAGGAUACAUAUACAUA